AUGCCUACGAAUCCAGCCUGGGUCAAGGCCCUCAAGCCAUCUGGCCCUCAAGGCUCUGAGCUUCUCGAGCAAGAGCGCUCCAAGUCCAAGCUGAACAUCGAUCAAUUGGCCGACUUUCUCUUCACCAAGCAAGAGCUCGACAAGCGGGCACGCAUCCUCAAGAUCCUCCAAGCUGACCCGGUCUUCGACAAAUCGCAGAACUACUUCAGAGGCCGCACAGAGCGCAUGGAAGCUGCCCUUGCACGCGGCAAACGUCUUCGCCAGCUGAGUGAGAAGCAUGGAUGGGAUGAGAGGGAAUACCACAUUGCAAACGAGUUGCUGUCCGAGCCUGGGCCGUAUGGUCUCCACGCAGGCAUGUUUCUCAAGACUCUCAAGGAGCAGGGUACACCUGAGCAGCACAAGCUCUUCCUCGAGAAGGCAGAGAGGUAUGAGUACAUCGGCUGCUAUGCUCAGACUGAGCUGGGCCACGGAUCGAAUGUACGAGGUCUCGAGACUACCGCGACUUGGAACGCCGAAGACAAGACAUUCACCAUUCACUCGCCUCAUCUCACAGCGUCCAAGUGGUGGAUCGGCUCACUCGGCAAGACUGCAAAUCAUGCCGCUGUCAUGGCUCAGCUCAUCAUCAACGGCAAGUCGUAUGGUCCUCAUCCAUUUGUGGUCCAGAUCAGAGAUCUGAAAACCCAUAAGACCCUCGAGAACAUCCAUGUUGGCGAUAUCGGUCCCAAAUUCGGCUACAACACCAUGGACAACGGCUUCCUAUUGUUCAACAAGGUCAAGAUCCCACAUGUCAACAUGCUUGCUCGCUUCUCCGGCGUGGAUCCUAAAACCAGCAAAUAUGUCCGCCCAGCAAAUCCGUCGCUGAUCUACGGCACGCUCACAUACAUCCGAAGCACGAUCGUCCUCCAGGCUGGUGCUACCCUCGCUCGAGGCGUCACCAUCGCUACUAGGUACUGCGCUGUUCGCCGCCAGUUCCAAGACCGCGACGCUCCUCCAUCAGAGCCCGGCGAGAAUCAGGUGCUCAACUACAAGAUGGUCCAGAUCAGACUGCUGCCACUUCUUGCCGCGACCUUCGCCCUCCACUUCACCGGUCGAGGCAUGAUCGCGCUGUACGAGGAAAACCAGAAGCGAAUGGCUUCUCAACGCCCAAGCGACGAGAGCAGCCGUGCUCCCGGACCAGAAGAGACCUCUCCAGGCCCAGACCUCCUCGCCGACCUGCACGCCACGAGCUGUGCGCUCAAGUCCUACUCGUCCACCGUCGCGGCCGAAGGUCUCGAAGUCUGCCGCCGAGCCAUGGGUGGCCACGGCUACUCUUCUUUCGCCGGCGUCGGCAGCUGGUACGCCGACUAUCUUCCUACCGUCACCUGGGAAGGCGACAACUACAUGCUCACCCAACAAGUCUCGCGCUACCUCCUCAAGUCCGCCCGCGCCGUCCUCAAGGGCAACGUCCAAGACAACGACACCCAUCGCAUCCUUAGCAUCUACCUCAAACGCCAAGACAUGGGCGCCGCCUUCGAUGUCCUCGGUGAAGACGCUGAGAUCGUCGAUGCCUUCGCCUGGCGCGUCGCUCAUCUCACUUUCGAAGCCCUCCGCCACCGCGACGAGGACAAGAAGUCAUGGAACUCAUUGUUGGUUGAUUUCUACCGCCUCAGCAAGGCACAUGCGCAGUACAUGGUCGUGAAGAACUUCCAUGAUGCCCUCUUCAAGGAGGAGGCUACGAAGAAGGAGCUCGACAGCGACACGAUCGAACUAUUGAAGAAGCUCUACCGUCUCUUCGCGCUGAACACGCUCGAGCAGGAAGCGUCCGAAUUCUUCUCGUCGCAGGCUACUACAAUCCGGCAGAUUACGCUGGCGAGGACGAAGGCGGUGAUGACGCUGCUGGACGAGAUUCGCCCGCACGCAGUGCGAUUGGUCGAUGCGUGGAAGUUCCCAGACUGGCUGCUGGAUAGCAGUCUGGGUAGGUAUGACGGCAAAGUGUACGAGGAUAUGUUCCAUCGCGCAAGUGAGCUGAACCCAAUGAACUCGAUCACAUUCGAUCCGGAUCCGAAUUCGAAGGUUCUGUUCCGACAAGAUGACAGGCAGGAUUUGCGGAGCAAGUUGUGA